AUGUCUACCGGACUCUUCAUUAUUAUGCCAGAAAACAGUACUGAUGAGCCAGGAUCUGGUGACGACAGGGACUACCAAGAGGUGUGCUGGGAGCAGAACAACGCUGAUUUCAACCGGAUUUUCUUGCCAACCAUUUUCUCCAUCAUUUUCGUGAUGGGGAUCGUUGGCAAUGGCUUGGUGAUUGUCGUCAUGGGCUACCAGAAGAAGCUCCGGAGCAUGACCGACAAAUACAGGCUACACCUCUCCGUGGCUGACCUUCUUUUUGUCAUCACUUUGCCCUUCUGGUCUGUGGACGCCGUCAUCGGCUGGUACUUUGGGAACGCCUUGUGCAAAGUGGUCCAUAUCAUUUACACCGUCAACCUGUACAGCAGCGUCUUGAUCUUGGCCUUCAUCAGCUUAGACCGGUACCUGGCGAUUGUGCAUGCUACCAACAGCCAGAGGCCUAGGAAGUUGUUGGCUGAGAGAAUUAUCUACGUGGGCGUUUGGCUGCCAGCUGUGCUUCUGACUGUGCCUGAUAUGAUCUUUGCUAGGACGAGCGAUGACGGCGGGAAAUUUGUGUGCCAGCGGUUUUAUCCUCACAAUGACUGGCUGAUUUCUUUCCGGUUCCAACACAUUUUAGUGGGGCUCAUCUUGCCCGGCCUUAUAAUACUGACUUGCUACUGCAUUAUCAUCACGAAGCUGUCGCACUCAAAAGGCCAUCAGAAGCGCAAAGCUUUGAAGACCACCGUCAUCCUUAUUCUUGCCUUCUUUACCUGCUGGUUACCAUACUACAUUGGCAUCAGCAUAGAUACCUUUAUCCUGCUCGAAGUCAUCAAGAAUGGCUGUAGGUUUGAGACCAUGGUGAACAAAUGGAUCUCUGUCACAGAAGCCCUAGCGUUUUUCCACUGUUGCUUGAAUCCCAUCCUUUAUGCUUUUCUGGGCGCCAAAUUCAAGACAUCAGCCCAGAACGCUUUAACCUCCGUAAGCAGAGGAUCAAGCUUGAAAAUCCUUUCCAAAGGCAAACGGGGACACUCUUCGGUUUCAACAGAGUCUGAAUCUUCUAGUUUCCAUUCCAGCUAACAG